GAGUCCUCGAAGGAUUCGUUGCGUGCAAAGACGACGUGUAUAAAACGCCACAAUAUCUUCAUUCUCACAUGAAAAUAUUAUAUGGUUCUUCAAUUAUCUCAUCCGUUAUUUCUUUCAUUCCGUUCGUGCUUGACUGACCAAAACUACACUUGGUAAAAGUGCGGGAAAAGAAAAAACAGCUUACACAUUACUUAUAAUAACGUCACUCCUACUCCAAUGGCAACUUUGAAAGUCCUGAUAUGCGGAGGCGGUUGUGCCGGACCAGCCUUGGCCUUCUGGCUCACCCGUCUCGGUCAUCGCGUAACCAUCGUCGAGCGCUUCCCAGCCCUACGCGCAACUGGUGCACAGAUCGACUUUCGUGAACAAGGCAUUGCAACUCUCAAAGUAAUGGGCCUCAUGGACGAGAUUCGCGCAAGACUGGUUGACGAAGCAGGCGUUGCUUUCGUCGAUACCAAUGGAAAGAUCUUGGGAACAGUGCUCGCCAAUACAUCAGGCAAAGGCGCCCAGUCCAUAACUUCUGAAUUCGAAAUAAUGAGGGGAGACGUUGUAAGGAUUCUACAUGAUGCGACGAAGGAUGACGUCAAGUAUAUCUUCAACAAAACUGUUGAGAAGUUCGAGCAAGACGAUAAGAGCGUACUUGCGCACUUCUCUGAUGGGACAUCGGAUACCUUUGAUAUCCUUGUUGGAGCAGAUGGUCAAGGCUCAAGAAUUCGAAAAGCAAUUGAACCAGCGGAUGCUCCGGAUCCUUACCGAAAACUGGGUAUUCACAUGGCUUAUUAUUUCAUCCCACGCGAAGAAGGGGAUAGUAAUAUCCGCAGGACAUAUCAAGCUUCACAAGGUCGAAUGAUAUUCCGUCGAACCCACAACUCAACAGAGACACAAGUUUAUCUCAUUCUCAAGGACGAUUCUCCUGAAGUCUCCAGUAUUCAUAGAGGUUCAGUUGAGCAGCAGAAAGAGUUUUGGACACAAAGGUUUCGCGGUGCAGGAUGGCAAACAGAGCGUUUCCUGGAGGGCAUGAAGACAACUGGGAACUUUUACUCUCAAGAAGUUGUCCAAGUUCAGACAACUGCUUGGCAUAAAGGCCGCGUGGUCCUCCUAGGUGACGCAGCUUAUUGCCCCUCUCCGUUCAGCGGUAUGGGAACUACACUCGGCUUCAUCGGUGCCUAUGUGCUAGCGGGUGAGAUUCAAAAGAACCCCGAGAACUUGUCCUUGGCCUUUGAGAACUACGACAAAGUGCUACGACCAUUUGUUGACGAGGUUCAGAAUAUCAAGCUUGGGCUUAUCCGGUGGGCUAUACCUGAUACUCAAUUGGGUGUUACAAUUGUUCAGUGGAUUGCAUGGUUUGUAUGCCUUCUGAGAAUUCCUUAUCUUAUUUCAAGGUUUUCGAGUGAAGAGAAGGCAGGGUGGCCGUUGCCGAAGUACCCUGCGCUGAAGGUGAGCAAGUGACUUUUGGUCUAUCCGCAACAAUGCUUUAGGCAUUGGAGGUUUGAUAUGGUAUAUUAAGCAACUCUACUCAGUACUCAGUCAUGUACAGGAUGAGGCUAAUGACACUGUGGAAGCAGUCUUCAUAACGCCAGAAUCAUGAUUUUUAGUUCUAGCAACUCAAUAGAUAUUCAAUUGACUCAACUACAUUUAUUGAGGAACCUCAACGUCCUUGCUAGUAUCAAGCUCCUCAAAUCUUCUCAGGUCCAUAGGCUUCUCCAGCAGGGGAAUGACGUAAGGGUCGAAAGUCUUCCAGUAAGGGUUCUCAAGAUGAUACUUCUGGCUCUGCAAAACAAUCAGCACAUAUCCCCAUGUUCAAUUGGCAAGUUACUUACGCUCUCUUGCUCAUAGCGCUCAACGAUGGUGAAAGCCCGUCGGUCAGCGGUGGACUGCAUGACGUGCCAUGAGAGGGUCUCCUUGUCCUGGGAGUAGACGCGGCUAGCCUCGAUAAGCUUGGCGGUGAGCUUCUUGAGGGACUCCUCGUCGUCUUUGGCGUAGAGGUGGACAACGAUUGUGUAGACCAUUUUGGUUGAUUUGAUGUGGAUGUGUAUGG